UUCCCGGAAAAGGACAGUGAUAUGUUGAUGGAGCCGAAUGACUUUUCGCCAAUCACAGUGUUGCGUUCCCAUGAGCAGCACUUCCAUAUGCCACCGACCACGCAGCUGCAGCCACAGACUCACCAGCACCAGCAGCCCAGGAUCCUGCCCCGGGCUCAGCCCCGACAGUUCCAGUCUCCCAGCCAGCAGCAGGAUCCCGAGGAGGAGCAGUUCCGCCCCAUCGCCAAUCCGAAUGCCAAACUCCUAGCCAGAUCCUCUGAUGCGGACUCGCACUCCCAGGCGGCCCAGAACUUCUACCCUCCCUUCUACCACGAGGCCCCGCCUCUGGGCCACUCUCGUCCCUACUUCGGUCAUGGUCCUGUCUCGGAGAGCACUCCCCUCUCCCUGCCAUUGCCACUCCUUGGUCCCCAGCAGGCACCCACUCCCCAGCAGCAGCAAGCCCAGCAGGCGCACCAGCAGCAGCAGCGGAACUUUGAUGCCAGUAUCCUGGGCAGUGGAGACUUCGGAGUGCUGCGCGGUGGCACCUUCUACCCGGAGGAGGAGAUGCCCUACCACCCGGAGGACAACAGCGAUUACAUCUACGGCGACGCCAACAACGGACACGGUCGUCCCUCCGAGGGAUUCAUCCAGAAAUACACUUAUCCCGAGGAGCAGUUCGCCAAUUUCCGGGACUUUGCGGACAUAAACACGCCCGCCGACUCGGCCUUCUCCCAGUUCGUGGUGGUCUACGCGGCGAAGAAUGCGACAGCCCCGCACUCGCAUCCGCAUCCGAAGAACAUCUUCGAGCAGCUGGAGCUACUGGACCGGGAGAAAGAGAAGGAGCAGGAACUGGCCAAGAGCAAGGCCAGCUCCAAGGCCAAGACCAAGCUGGCCAAGACGAAGCUGCAGAAGAAGUACAGAAAGAAGGUGGUGGCCAAAAAGACGCAGGAUCCCCUGGAACUGGAGCCUCUGCUAGCUCUCAGCUAAAUUCAAAGGACUCCCAUCCGACUUUCCAAUCGUUUUCCAACUGUUAGAUUUUAUUUAUUUUAUUUCGAGAUGAAUGCAAGCUACCACAAAGCAAAACAAAAAAAGAAAGAGUUCUAUAUCUUCAAGUCCUCCCAUAACUAUCCUUUUUUCUUCACAUUUCCACAAAAUAUUUGUAAUUCAUUCAUAAAUACUAGAGUGUGUGUUUUUUUUUGUUCUGUCUGCUUUUUGUCUCGCAUCGAUUGUUAAUACUUAAAAUUAGCCAGUAGUCUACUCUAUAUAUAUAUAUACAUACAUAUGUCUUCAGAUCGGAUGUAUAGUAUAUAUACCAUGGGCAUAUUCUGUAUGCCUCUAUACGCGUAUCUAAUGUAAUUAUUUUUUGUCUAAUUGAGCAUAAUUUUAUUAUGUGUGUGUACAUAAAA